AUGGUGAAACUGCUGACUGCCUUCACUCUGUCCCUCCUUGUGCUGCACUUGUUGAGCCUAUUUUCAAGCAGUCUGAUCGAAGAGGAGCACCAGACCUGGUACUUUUUCAGUACCAGUGUGCUCUCCUUCUUCAUUAUUGUGAUGGCCGUGGCUGACCACGCGAGCGACAGGCUACGCGUUCGUGGCACACGUAUCCUCUCCAUCACUCUCAUCCUCAUCGUUGAUCGUUUUCUUCUACGCUACCUCAACAAGACGGGCGACAAGUGGAUUCAUCUGCCUGAUUUUACGGACUGGCUGUGA